AAUUCGCCCGUUGCAGCCUCGGUGGCCGACAGCGUUCAACCUAACGUUUCUUUUAAAAUCCCUUCGAUUAUAGAUAAAAAUUUGCUUCAAAUUCUAUGAACGCUGCCAACAAGUGUCACGCAUGCUCGAACGCGUUUUAAAUGUCAAAACCAAUUGCCAUUUGUCUCUCUGCGUUUCCGCAUUCUGGUUGGAAAGAUUAUCACGGUGCAUGAUUCGCACGAAUUCUAUACGCGUCUCGUUAGGACACCGAAGUACCGAUGGCCCAGCCGUGUUAUAAAUUAAGGACCUCACUUUUCGGGCACUCGUCCGACGUGAGAGCUGUGGCAACAUUCACGGAUGGAACCAUUGUUUCCACGUCUCGAGACAAAACGGCCCGUGUGUGGAAACCAUCUGGAAACGGUAGAGAUUACGUGCACGCAGCGACGUUCAAGGGACACACGAAUUUCGUGAGCUCGGUGUGCGUUCUGAACCCGUCGGAAAAACAUCCCACGGGCUUCAUAAUAACUGGCAGCAAUGACAAAACGAUAUGCGUCUACGUGCCCGAUAAAGACGAACCCUUAAACGUCCUCAAAGCCCACCAGAAUUCAGUAUGCAAAUUGAAAGCAGGAGUCAGGGAAGGCACAUUCUUAUCAAGUUCCUGGGACUUAAGUGCUAAACUGUGGGAUGUUGACGACUUAAGCAAUCCACAGUUGAACCUGGUGGAACACACUGCAGCUGUUUGGAGUGUAGUAGAUUUGUCCAAUGGCUGCAUCAUAACUGGUUCAGCGGAUAAAUUAGUUAUAGUAUGGACAAGCGAUGGCUUUGUGAAGCAUAAAUUGACUGGGCAUACUGAUUGUGUUCGAGACAUCUCUGCAGUAAAUGAGAAUGAAUUCUUAAGUUGUGGUAAUGAUGCCACUAUACGUCACUGGAAUGCUUCCCUUGGAACUCAUUUAGGAACUUACGAGGCACAUACUAAUUACAUAUAUAGUGUCAUAUGUAGAGAAAAUGGUGUCAAAGUAUACACAUGUGCAGAGGAUAGAACUAUCAGAGUGUGGCACAAUAAUCAAAUAAGUCAGACCAUCACAUUGCCAUCCCAAUCAAUAUGGUGUAUCGACCUGCUGCCCAAUGGUGACAUAGUUGCUGGUAGCUCUGAUGGUAUUGUUAGGAUAUUUUCCUGUGACCCAGAAAGAAUCGCGGAUCCGGAAAUGUUGCAGGAAUUCGAGAAGGAGGUGGCUAACACAAAGCUGAAUGCUCAGCAAGAGUUAGGGGGACUCAAGAUUAAGGAUUUGCCAGACGCGAAAGCGUUGCAGCAGCCCGGUCAAAGGGACGGCCAAACUAAAAUAGUGAACGACGGGGAGGCGGUGAGAGCGUAUAGUUGGUCCCAGAGCGAACAAAGAUGGAUAAGGAUCGGAGACAUUAUGGGGGCAACCGGUGGCAGCAAUGCUACGUCGGGAAAACAACUUUAUAACGGAAUAGAAUACGACUACGUAUUUUCUGUAGACAUACAAGACGGGGUUCCACCGUUGAAAUUGCCUUACAACAAUGGUCAAGAUCCAUGGCACGUUGCGCAAAAAUUCCUUCACGAUAACGAUCUCAGUCAAUUAUUUUUGGAUCAGGUUGCCAAUUUUAUAAUAAAGAACUCCCAAUCAGCGCCAGGUCUGAAUACAAGUACUCAGUAUGCUGACCCGUUCACGGGAGGCAAUAGAUAUAUACCUAGCUCGGCGACGAGUAGCACCGAACCUUCAAGAACGAUGCUCAAUUCUUCUAAGACCUCUAUGACUUCCUCUUACAUCCCCCAUACGAAAUAUUUGAAGAUAGAGCAGGCUAAUUUACAAACAAUUCUAGACAAGUUACGGGAACUGAACACCAAGCAAACCGAAGCCGUUAGAAUACCCGACGACAAGUUAGACAACUUGGUAAAGCUCGCUAAAGACCAAACCUCCGAACACUUAAGAACCGACGCUUUAAACACCUUAAAAUCACUGUUGAAUUGGCCAGAUGAUGUGUUGUUCCCUGUCCUCGACAUAACAAGACUCGCCGUGCUAUCCAAAGAGAUCAACGAUGUUAUUUGUACGGAGGAGCUUCUGCAGAUCACCAAGAAACACAUCAAACCCGAGGCGUCUGCCUCGAAUCAGAUGCUGACAUUCCGAUUGCUGGCGAACAUGUUCACUCAUGACAAGGGGGAGAAACUUUGUUUGGACAGCAAGGACGAGAUUCUGGAACUUCUGUCAGGCUUGAAGUCUCUUGGUAAUAAAAACAAUCAGGUUGCUGUAUCGACUUACAUACUGAACUUAACCGUGGCCUUGAACAAGUAUAAUGACGUAUUCGGCAAAGCGCAGUGUUUGAACGCCAUGUUUAAUAUUUUAUCCCGGUUGAAGGAACCGGAAGCAGUGUUCAGAACUCUUGUGGGAUUAGGCACGCUUUUAUGUACGGCUUCUGACUCAUCGGACCGCGACGACCUGAUCAAGGCGGUCAGACAAUCCGAGGUCACGUUAAACAUAUUGAAAACCAUGUCUGAAACAGACGUGUCCACGGACAAGCUGGCCAAUUGUUCGAAACAGAUCAUCGAUCUGAUCGUUUAAGCAUAAGUUAUUAUAGAAAAUUUCUAAAGAUACGAACCAUGAACACAAGACUCAACUAAUUGAUAUCGUAAAUUAACAAAUGUAUUCAUCGACUUGUCGCGUUGAACAUGUUUCUCAUAUUUCUUCCUUCUUUCAGUUUGACAAUUGAAUCCUUAUAAUUUCUCAUUGCUAAUAAAAGUACAUUUUUGCCAUAA